AAGCGGGAGUUAUUGAAUGGGCAGCAAGUGAAAUUGUUUAAAAAUCUGUAAAUAUUUAUAUUAAGUGAUUCGUCGCAACAUUCCGAAAUGAUCGAUACUAUCGAGAAAGAUGAGAAUCUAAUCAGUGAGGAGGAAGCUGCUCAAUAUGACCGGCAGAUUCGACUAUGGGGGCUGGAUGCACAAAAGAGACUGAGGGGUUCUCGAGUACUGCUUGUUGGACUAAAAGGACUGGGUGCUGAAGUGGCCAAGAACCUUAUUUUAGCUGGAGUAAAAGCACUCACACUUCUGGACCAUGAACAGGUAACUGAAGAAUCCAGACGAGCACAGUUUCUGAUCCCUGUAGAUGCAGAUGGUAAAAAUCAAGCCCAGGCGUCACUGGAACGAGCCCAGUUCCUCAAUCCGAUGGUAGAAGUAAAGGCUGACACUGAACAAGUGGAGAACAAGCCAGAUGACUUCUUUCUGCAAUUUGAUGCGGUGUGUCUGACAGGAUGCUCCAGAGACCUCAUGGUACACGUGGAUCAGCUUUGCUCCUCUAGGAACAUUAAGGUCUUCUGUGGGGAUGUCUAUGGUUACCAUGGAUACAUGUUUUCUGACCUGGGCCUGGAGCAUCAUUAUGUAGAAGAAAAACCAAAGAUGGUAAAAUCAUCAGAAGAGUCUAAUGACGGACCUGAAGUAAAGAAACCUAAAGUCGAUCCUAAUGAGACCACCAUGGUGAAGAAGACGGCGAGUUUCUGCUCCUUGAAAGAGGCUCUGGAGGUAGACUGGACCAGCGAGGAGGCCAAACGCAGUCUCAGACGCACUCCAUCAGACUACUUCUUACUGCAAGUAAUGUUGAAGUUCCGUACUGAUAAAGGACGAGAUCCUCAGCCUGGUAGUUAUGCUGAGGACUCCAAACUGCUCCUGCAGAUCAGAGAUGACCUCCUAGAGUCCAUGGGAGUGAAUCCGGACCUCCUUCCAGACAACUUUGUCAGGUAUUGCUUCUCUGAGAUGGCACCAGUGUGUGCUGUGGUUGGAGGAGUACUAGGUCAGGAGAUUGUCAAGGCACUGUCUCAGAGGGAUGCUCCACACAGGAAUUUAUUUUUCUUUGAUGGACUAAACAGUAGCGGCGUUGUGGACUUCUUCGGAUCCAAACGAUCAUAAAGAAGAACAAGGUGGUUUCAAGGGGGUUGAAAUCAAAGCACUCAAAGCACCACAAACUGUUUUAGUGCAGCAAGAAACAAAUGUUCUGACUGAACUUUUGAAACUGUAAGAAAAGUGGAGCAAUUUGCCAUGCAAUGUUUUUGUAAUUUGAACUUAAUAAAAAAACCUGGUUUGAACUACAA